GUAGAUUUAGGUAAACUUAGUAUAGACUUAGGAAGCCUUUAGACCAGUUAUUUUUAUCACUUGGGAAAAGUCUUUGGUUUUUUCUUGCUCCCUGAGGGUUGGGGUCCAGUACACACUGCACAUCAGACCCUGGUUUCCAAGCGCAGUUGUGGCUCCUGUGGGCUGAAUGUUUCUUGUUAGCUGAUUGCUUUGCUUCCUGUUAGGGGCUAUUGUUGAGCGUGACUUUGACGAGUAUAUCAGAUCUGGCCCAACGUUAUGCCGCACCAUGGUUCAAGUUCUGUACAACGUGGCCGCUGUAGUUGAACAGUCCAUCCGUGAGAUGUUGUUGGUUGAGCACCAAUUCUGGAUUACGCCAACCAGAGCACGACUCAACCGUGGCAUGCCCCCUGCGGCUCUAAAUACCUCCGAAUCAUGUUUCUUGUCGUAUUUCGUGGGCAUUGGCUAAUAAAGUGAUGGCCCUACUGAUCCCACCCAUGUCGUUAUGUCGUACGGCUGCUCCACGUUGAUUGGCCUGCCUCUUUGAAGCGAGAUUAUCUCCAUCUCGGGCCUCUUGUCCAUGACCGUUAGCUCAUUCAUAACCGCGCAUCGUCCAGUUUGACCUAGGCAUGAUCACCGAAUAUUGACAGGGGAGAGGCACGCAAUUCGCGAGGAACAGAGAGGGAAACGGGAAAGACUGAGAGAAGAAUAGGAAUAGCUCCAGGUACCAGUACCACAGACCAAGUAGGGACCCCCAUGGAUCCAUGCACCACACACACGCACGACCUUGAGGAACGCUCUGAGAAGGUCACCAUCAACAGUACCUUGAGGAAAGGUCGUGUUUGGCUUGUGUUCUCGGCCUGUUCCUGUUUCCUUGUCACGCAUCACAUCAAUUUUAGUAUAGGCGCCUCCCGUCGUGUCUCGUCUUGUCUUGUCUUGACCUUGUCUCUCUUCUUUCCCGUCCCUCUCUUUUUUUGCUCUGCUUGGGCUUCUCUCUUUGCUCUUGCUAGCCUUUGUCACCGACCGUAAUACUCUCUUUUUUUGCUCUGUUGUCUUCACUAGUCACUCUCUUUGUUCUUUUUUCUUGAACGACAUCGCUCUUUUUGUACCAUCCCUUCUGAGACGAAUCUGGACGACCAAAAAUUACGACGUUGACGACGACGACUCAACUAGCGCUCCUGUUUGUGUUUGUCGCCAUACAAUUGUCGAUAAUAGUAAUUGAAAACUGAGAUUGAAAAGGAAGGAUAACCAACACCGAAGGAAUCAGGAGGAUCAUUAUUGUCGUUUGUGCAUACCUACGCAAACAAGAAAAAAACUGGAACAAAGCAAGCGCAGAUCAUCACAGCCAGCACUCACCACGCAAUACAGCAUCACCAAUCACGAUAGCCCUGCCGCUCGUUACUUUCCGGGCUUAUAUUCAUCAGAUCAGCGUCGCCGGACGGGUCUCACGACCAAGGCAUCAGCCAUUUAUUUGUUGCCGUAUAUCGACUUUGUGUCGUACCGACCUGGAAAGAAGCCUCAAAUCAAGGAGUCAAAGGACCGAACAGCGACGGAGCAAGAUUGCAUAGGGGCGAAAAUAUCUCCUAGGAUUCAACUUGGACCCGUCCUUUGUCCCUACACGAAGUCAUACCCACAUCAGUCCAAUUCUUUGUCUGUUUGUCUGUUUGUGAGUGUUGAUUAGUGCUUGCGCGUCAUCGUUGGAUCUGUUGCUAUUCCCCUUCGAGUCGAGUGCUUCAACGAUCAUGUGCUUUGUCGACGGCAGCUGAUACCAUUUGCACUCUUUCCGAUUCUAGAAGCGGCGCAAGGGAAACCGGCCUCUCUAGGGAAACUGACACUUAUGCAAAGAAAAAAGCAGAAACAUCUUUCUCGAAGCACACACUAGCGAAUACGAUCACCUAAUCGUGUUCCGCAUUGGGGUCAGAUUCGUCUGUCCUUGUCCCCCUUCAGCUCAAGGAGCCACUUAAGUCAAAGUCGUGUUGUUAUUUUAGGUAUCCGCCUCUGAAACAGGCUGGUGCACGUUCCCUGCGUUAGUUGGCUAGGCUGGACUGCAACGUCCACCUUUACGCAGCACUACAGGGCCACAUCCACUAAAAUUAUAGCGAAGCGAAAGUUGGCAUUGGCACCUCACCUGGAUUGCAAGUACUGUAGUGUACUUACUUCAGGUUCAUCGCCACGUUCUCAACGGGCCACGCCCGCGGCCGCGACGCAUCCAUAUCCAAUCCAAUGACUUACUCAUCCAGCGGGCCUUCACUCGCUCAGGCCCUGGAUAUGGGUAAGGAAAGCAACAAUGGGAAUAUGGAUACGGAUGUCGAUCCUUUGCAUUCAAACUUGGAUCCUUCACAGUCACAUUCCCUUCCUACUUCGGAUCUGUCCGUCCUGAGUGAAUCUGACCCUGGUUCUAUUCAACAAUCUCGCUCUGCUUCGCACCUUCGCCUCCUACGUUCCAGCGAAAGUGAAAAGGACAUAUCUCCUAACCAUAUUCACCACGCUCAUCUCCAAUUACAUCAGCUCGAAACCGUUGAUGACAGAGCCGUUGACGAACCAGCCGAACAGAGCCAUCUGCAGCUCCACAAGACCGGCCACCACUCUCAUCACUCCCACCAUCAUCUGCAUCGAAGCAAGUCGCCUGCCAACCUCCAUCUUCGUGCUGCCCAGCCCAAGCACGUACACGCCAUCGCCGAUGCCAAUGCCCUAAAACCUCGCGCUGAACAAGAUCUCGUUACUCAAGUUGUUCAGACUGUGUCGGUUGUUCAGGUCGUCGAUUCAGUCGGAUCGCCAAUCGAAGUCCAAACCCACUACGCACCACCUGCUACCGUCGUCGUGGAUUCUGCCUCGGGUAUCACCGUCGCCGCCAUUUCUGACCCGGAACCCAAGAUCUCCGUGGCGGCCGUGGCGUCGGAUCCGGCUGCGAGCUACAAUGUUCCGUCACCUCCCUCCGCUCCCGCCGCGACCGCCGUGGAAACACCUGGUUUGACCGACCCAUCACCGUCUGCGCCUGUCCCAGAUGCGACCGUAUCCGAUUCAGUACCCGAGCCUGUUAAUGACACGACGUUGCUACCCACUGCCGAUUUACCAUCUAACACGGUUCCUCCAACAAAUGAGACUAAUGGACCUGUGACGUCGACAGAUCCUGACACUGCGAGUCACGAAACAACGUCACCAACUGCUCCCACUACUGUCGUUGACACAACAGCCUCGGACGUUAGUGGGUCGGAGACCGCCCUCGUAACCACCGAUGACCUGACCGCGACAACAACCGACACCCCUACUUUAAUAGAGACUACAUCCGACUUGACCUCGGAAGCGACGCAAGAUGUUUCGUCAGAAGUGACGUCUGAUGAAACUUUAAUAGCUACUACCGACGUGACGCAAUCAGAGUCCAAGCCUUCCACAACCACGAUACCGCCAACGACGAACACAGCUUCACGGACCCGCAGUUCCUCCACUGUCCUGGUGGUGUCUUCGACCUUCGUCACCUCUUCUAUCAACCCUAGCGACACUUCGACGUACAGCUACUCUGACUCGGUAUACUCGAGCAUUUCGGCUCAGGAAACUUGGUCUUCUGGCUCGUGGGGAGACGAAGAUAAUGAAGGAGGAAGCGGUGCCGCAACAGCUGAUAACCAACCACCAGCGGCGACGACCACUUCGAACUCCAACAACACCGAUACUGGCACACUCUCGCCUCAGCAGAAGCAAGUGAUAGGUGGUGUCGUGGGAAGCAUUGCGGGCGUGGCGUUUUUGGCGUUCUUCGUCCUGUUUGCUCUCAGGUACAAGAAGAAGCAUCCUGGAGGUGGCAUACUCGGUGGGAGUCAGUCUGGAACGCGGUCAAUUGGUGGUCCAACGUCUGGGCCUGACGGUGGAAGUGGCGCAUCAAUGGCUGAACGUGCUGGGGCAUCUGCUGCCAUCACUGCAGCGUUUGCGGGACUGAUGGGCAAAAAGCAACGACAAACCUCCGAACUGGAGCCUGUCAGUGAGAGAGGGUUCUACCGAGUUUCAGGAAAGAAGCUUCCUUCUGUUCUUCAGGUUGGUGGUGACGGUUAUUCUGAUCCGCGGACCGAACCUCCCUCGACUGACCGGGCGAAUCGAGAAAGUGUCAUGAGUGGUAACUCUGACUACUGGAGAGGCUCUAUGGCAUUUGAUCCGAGUGACCGGGAUUCACCUCACCUUGCUCUUGGGUCACCAAUGCGGCCAAUAAGUGGCGUGCCUGUAAUUCGGUCCGGCCCAGCUCGAACGCCUGUUACAGAGUCGAAUCCUUUUACUGACCCGUCACGACCAAGACCGGAUUCUGAUGCCCUGGGAGGCUCAACGGGUGGUGGCUCCAUUGCAUCUCGUGAUGGGUCGUUUGGCUCACCAUCACGGUUCCAGGAGAGAAUCUGAUUAUAUCACUAUCCGCAUUCGCGUAUUGCUUUGAUUAUCCCUGAUACCUGAGCGUUUCGUACCUGCUGCUGCAUCAUGAGCGAUCUCACCACAUAUUGUUAGCCUCCACUGCUGCUACAUUAACCAGCUGCAACCGCGAAUUCGCGGUCAUCACAUACUUUUUUCAUUACAAACUUGGUCGCCGCCACUUGAUACAAGUGGCGCACGAAGCAUCUUGUUCGGCGUUUAACGGUGGUCGUCGUACCACUGCGGAUCUCUUUGGACGUACAAAACCUGCAGAUAUGGGUAUUAGAGGUGGAGUCACAUGUAUAAAGAGGAGGACGUUUUUGCCCACAAAACGGAGGAAGCUGGGCUGAUUCACUUGGAAAAUAUAUACUAUGCGACGCUUGAUGGUCCAUUCUCUUCUUGACUCUCAUUAACGACGUUUUUGUAACUAUCUUGUUUUUCUUGUUUUACUUCGUUUCCGACAUUACGACCUCUACUGGGAAGGGGAUAUAUCCCUGGAUGGAUUUGCAAGCUGUAGACAAAGGAUUAGAGAGCGUUGAGAGGAAGAACUGGUCUAUAUAAUAAGCUUGCUAGCCAUGAUUUGAAUAAGAUAUAAAGGCCUGGAAGGCUUUAUUUGAGAGACAAUUGCCGUCCUUCGUGCCUUGCUCAAAUUACAUCUAAUGAUGUAAUCUAUAAAAUCCCCGUUUCUUGAAUAUAUGGAAUUAGUUAAGGUUUAAUAAACUGCUACGCUAGGUA